CUGGCCCAUUCAAUCACACACCUUCACAUUACGUCCACCAGAACAUAUAUAACACUGAAGAUACAUCACACUCCUCCAUCCACAUAUCCUGUCCACUCUCCUAGGCAGGCCUCACUCACACUCUUCGUCCGAUACACAAACAUCCCAGUCUCCAGCACUACAGGAAACAACUCAUCCACACAACCAUGCCGAAACAUCCACGCCGCAGCAAAGCUCCCCGGAAGAAAAACAUACGCAAGCGGCACGAUAACGGAAAUCGACACCUUCCUGUCGAAACACAACAUGCUUCAUCUUCCUCAUCAUCAGUUAAUAACCUACCCAAGGGGCUAGAUCCCAGGGGCUUCUUCAGUGAAGACUCGAUACGGCGGCAGUUGAAAUACCUGGUUCCGGGCUCAUUGAAUGAGGAAGAGUCGACAAGCAAUGCGCAUUGCCCUUGCUAUAGGUCGUGUUGCUUUUGUGUUUGCUGCUGCUGCUGCUGCCCCUCUUCCUCUGUUCGUAAUCAGUCAUCCUCGGGUUACUGCAUAGGAGCAGGGGAUUGGUCUUUCGAUGUAUCAGCGUACUUUGCGCCGCCACCGCGAUCCGGCUCGAUUCUCGCGGAUGGUGCUACUUCUGGCGCGGUUCAAGAGGCUGGUUGUUGUGCUGCUGCUGAGAGCAGCAUGCAGUAUACGAAGGUGUUAGAAGCUUUUACGCAGCUUGACCUAGAACCCUCUUCAAGUUCGCGUCAAGAGCAUGGACUCAGCAGAGAUGAGUGGCCGUGCGACUUCUGCGGUUCAGAGUGCUUUUGCUGGACUGUGGGACUGGAUGGCUAGAUGACCACGGCUGAGUAACUUGAUUCGAUUUGACUACGACCCCUUUUUUCAAGCUGUGGGGGUGCAAGUACAUAAUUCAUGGUAAACUUGGGGAAAUAUACUGGUUGCUAGGUUGUAUUUUUCUUUCUAGUAGAGUUCUACAGCAAAGAUAAUUAUAUAGGAAAAAUAAAUAAAUAUUCACGUCGAAAAGUCCAACUGUAUCUUGUUCAUGAUUAAAUAAAGAGAGCAA